AUGGACGUCGAUGCUGCGGAACAAGAGCCAGGGCGGUACAUCCGCAGCCGCAUCGCCAAUGCCUGCGAUGGCUGCAAGGCAAGAAAAGUUAAAUGCGAUGGCAAAUUGCCCUGCGGUUACUGUUCUCGGCGGCAGAGGCCUCAUACCUGUCACUACUCGCCUCAGCGACGACGUCGCAAUGGCCAAUCAUUGGCAUCCCUGACAUCUCCUCCAGCCUCUGAGAGAGAUGCCCGUGCUCAUUCUACAAGGAAUACCACUCCAUCAACACCGGCAGAUGCAGAGCUCACGAGGCCGGUAUCGGCACAACCCCAAGGGAUGGACGCUGAGGACGAGACUGAAGUGCCGAGAGAAGCGCGACUAGUUUGCGAUGCCCAAGGAAAACUCAUCUUUGUGGGAGACUGUGCCCCUCUCUCCUUUUUUCAGUCUGUCCGACAGCUUGUCACCACCAGAGUUGGCCAGAAUGCCUUUGCUCCUCAGACAAGCCGUUACUCUGUGCUCGAGAACGCGCCUGCACAUCAGUCUCGCCGAGUACCUGGCGAUAACCGCCUUCCGAGCAUCAAUCCCGAUGAUAUACCCUCGGCAGUGUCGACAUAUUUGUCUGUUGCCACGGGGCUCGUGGAUCUGUUUGACAAUCGUCGAUUAGUAGAGGACCUCAUGCUGUGGGCGAAUCUCGACCAAAAACCUGACGAUGCGACUACAGUUGUAAAUCUUCUAGUGCUGGCCAUUGGAAGACAGAUGGACAACGAAGAGCUCGCACAGGACUACUUUGAGUACGCCCGUGACAAGGCAUACGCAAAUCUGAGUGGCAAUCUCAGUGUGACCAGCAUCCAGAUCUUCACCCUUAUUACGUUGUACAUGCUCUGUUCGUGUCAGAUCAACGGAGCUUUCCUGUUCUUCGGCAUCGCAGUACGAGCAGCCUACUCAGUUGGGAUUCACAGAACCGAAGUCAAUGCACGAUUUGGGCCUGAUAUUCACAGGCAACGAGAUCGUCUUUGGAAGAGUUUACGAGUCGUGGAUCUCUUCUUGAGCACCUCGAUGGGACGGCCGCCUGCAACCUCAGAUGUUGAUUGUACCGUGCCCUAUCAAAAUCCAAACGAAGGCGCAAACGAAGCCCCGGAUCUCCUUAACGCGUCUGUUCAGAUAUUUCUCGUUCUCGAGGGAGUAGUAACAGAAAUCUACUCCAGGCGGAAGAUAUCUCUACAACUUACCGAAGGAAUAUCACUCCAGCUGCGAGAUUGGUCGUCUCGGUGGCUGAAGCAACUGAAAGAUAUCAUCGCAAAUCCUGAAGCCCAGGACAGAGCCCAAGCCAGCGGUGCAUGUCAGGUCUUGUCGACAUAUUAUUACGCCGUCAUGCUUGUAUCUCGACCAUUUCUCAUGUAUGAGCUUUGCCGACGGUUGUCUGAUACGGCGGUGUCAUCAAAUGGUCGGUCUGCCUUGACAUCUGGCAAGUCGAAACUGGCAGAUGCUUGCAUUGAUGCAGCGAGUCUCAUGGUGGAUCCGAUAUUGGACUUGAUCCAGCGAGGAAUUCUCGUUGGACAUGUACCUGUUCUAGUAUCAUGGCUGUUUGCCAGCUCACUUGUUCUCGGGAUAGGCCUUCUGGGCGGCUUUGGCCGGAUACUAGAAAAGUACACGCGCAUGUCCAUCCACGCUUUGGAUCACUGCUCAAAACAUGAUACACACGCAAGACAGUACUCCCUUAUCGCGCAGUCACUUCUCACUGCAGCCCUCGAGUACCUCGAAAAGCGAGAACUAGCAGAGCACCAACGACGAACCGAGAACUCAAGCCAACUCUUUGGACUGAUCCCAUCCGAAGCCGGGACAGAUUCCACCUCCCCGGCUGUCACCAGAGACCCGAGUCAUCCGGUGGCCAGUCCGGCAUCCAACAGCCGGCCACGGGACUCCCUGGACCGGUCAUUCCUGCAGCAUAAUGGACUACAAGGCGUCGGAUCACCGCCAUUUGGGGAUCUCGAUUCGGCUUUCCUAGGCAUAAGCGAGUCCAUGCUACAAACCCCUGAUCCGAGUUACUGGGGCGGGCCGACGGGCAUGGAAGGAGAUUCCGGUUCGGCACUGAACCUGUUUGCUUUGCUGGACGCGGGGGGUGGCAUAGAUCUGACGCAUCAUCUUUGA